AGGGAAGUGGGGAGGGAGGAUCGGAGAGAGGAAGGGAGGGGAUGUGAGAGAGAGAGAGAGAGAGAGAGAGAGGGAGAAGGGAGGAGGUGAAAGAAGGAGGAGGAAGAAAAGCCGACCGGCUGGACCUUUUGCCCUCUUGGUCCUUUGUCGAGAAUCUCAGGGUCGUCGGGGCUGCGUUCGACUGAGCAUUGAGAGGAGUGAUCGAGAGCAUGAUCCCGAGGCCCGCCGACGAUCGCUCGGAAUUGGCAAUUGCGUGAGGGUUGGCGACCGUAUGGUGCCGAGCCAGCCAGGCAAAAGGGCGGGAGGGAUCGAGUCGAUGAGAGGGCGGAGAACCAAUUGUUGAGGAUUUGGUUUGUCGAUGAGAUCCGAGUCGUCGGAAGGACAUGUUCGUUCACCAUUUUUUGGAUUGAGUUGCGCUUGCUCGUGAUUUGUUCGGGGUGAGUUGAAGCCUGUGAGGGCAGAAUGGGGCGCAAAAAGCCGACGAGUGCUGCCGUCGACGAGUUCGAGCCCGAUUCGGCUUCCGUAGCUCAAGCGCCAAGUGGCAAUGCUAAGAAGGGCAAGAAGAAAGGAGCCGUGAAAGUGGACGACGAUGAGUAUAUGGUGGAGCCCGCUGUGGAGGAGUCUGUCAAUGGGGAGCAAGAGCGAGGUUCCGGGGACCUGGAAGCUGAUCUAGCCGAUCAGUUGCAGGAUUUGAGCUUUUCGGGGAAGAAGAAGACCAAAGGUAAGAAUGCCAAGAAAGCUGAGCUAGAUUCUAGUGAUGUUUCUUUUCAACAAGCAGAUGAGACUUCUCUGGAGGAAUUUGUAGGUGGCAGUAAAAAGAAGGGUGCUAAGAAGGGUAAGAAAGGAAACAGGGUAGAUGAUGAUGAAUAUGAGGUUUCCGAAUCUGUCGAUGUUGAAUCGACGCCAUCUGAGGUGCCCUCGUUCGCGGAAGAGUCCGGAGCCGGGAAUAAGAAAAAGGGUAAGAAGGGGAAGAAAGGAACCAAGGGAGAUGACGACGACUUUGACGUGGAAAUUAGUGAACCUGCAAUUUCUGUUCAAUCAGAAGAUUUCGGGGCUAAGAAGAAAGGGGGGAAGAAGGGUAAGAAAGGAGGUAGGAUAGACGACGAUGAGUAUGAGAUUCCGGAACUUGUAGAAUCUGAGCAGGUAGCUCCCGUAGAACCCGAAGAACCUGUCUUCUCCGGGAAGAAGAAGGCUGGGAAGAAAGGGAAGAAAGGGGCAAAGGUGGACGACGAUGAGUACGAAUUACAGCCCACCAUUGAAGCCCCUGCACAGUUAGAUGAAACUCCUGAACCUGAAGAACCCAUCUUUUCGGGUAAGAAGAAAGCUGCGAAGAAAGGCAAGAAAGGGGCUAAAUUAGAUGAUGACGAGUACGAGCUUCCAGGAAGUAAUGAAGCUGGCUCUGAAGAUCCUAUGGUCAUCGAUGAGCUCGAGGCGCCGAAGAAGUCUGAGAAGAAGGCAGGUAAAAAAGCCACCUCUACGAAGCCCGCUGACCUUCUGUCUUUACUUGCUGGAUUGGAUGAGGGUUCUGUUGAGGCCGGUGACGAAGAUGCAGAGGAGCGUACAGCUCCGCAAUCUACUCAGAAAGAGAAUGGUGAUCUAUCUGGGGACGAAGUCGUGUUCUCAGGCAAGAAGAAGGCAAAAGGUAAGAAAGCCCCCAAGGUUAUAGUUGACGAUGAGAUUACCAAUGGUGGAGGACUGGAUGCCAAUGCGGGAUUGCGAGAGGAAGCUUCUGUAUAUGUGGAAGUAGAGCCCGAGGUGGAUGACGAAGUAAUCGCAUUUUCUGGAAAGAAAAAACCGAAGAAAGGUAAGAAGGAGGUGAAAAAGGACGUGGAAGCUGAUGACAUGGGUGAAACCGCGGAAUUGCCAAGUCUUCCUACUGUUUCUAGUCCCCCCGUUGAGCCAUCUCCCUCCGUUACAGAAUCAUCCUCUUCUUCGAAGAAGAAUAAGAAGAAAGGGAAGAAGAGUGGACGAACAGCCCAAGAGGAAGAGGAUCUCGAUGCUCUACUUGCUGAAUUGGAUGGCCCCGUUAUGUCCAAAGCACCUCCCAAAUCUGCUGCACCUUCGGAAACUCCUGCGGAGUCUCAGCCAAUCGAAGAACAGCCUGCGGACGAAGUUGUGCCUGAAGCACCUGCCGUUGCAGAGGGAGAGGAGGUCGUUGAAUCUGCUGCUGCGAAGAAAAAGAAAAAAAAGAAAGAGAAGGAAAAGGCAGCAAAGGCAGCUGCAACCGAGAAGCCUGUGGAUGAAGAAGCAGCCGAAUCUGCCAAGCCUAAGGAGGAGGCCAAAGGAAAGGCAGCGGAGAAGAAAAUCCCGAAGCACCUGAAAGCAAUGCAAGAGCAGCUGGCUAAGAUCAGAGAGGCCGAGGAGAAGAGAAAGCGUGAGGAGGAAGAGAGGAGGCGGAAGGAAGAGGAGGAACAGGCUCGUCUAGAAGAACUAGAACGACAGAAAGAGGAGGCCAAGAAGAGGCGCAAGGAACGAGAGAAAGAGAAACUCCUACAGAAGAAAAAGGAGGGUAAGCUUUUGACGGGCAAGCAGAAGGAGGAAGCUCGAAGAUUGGCUAUGAUGAGGGAACAAAUGCUUGCACAAGCCGGAAUUGCGGUUGACAGUAUUGAUGGAGCUCCCGUCGACGCUGCUCCUGCAGCACCUCGUAAACCAAAAUACGAUUCAAAGAAGAAGAAAAGAGGGCCCAAUAUCUCCCAGCAGUCAGAGCAAGCUGCUGAUUUGACCAAACAGGAAAUAUCGGACGCACCAAUAGAAGAGGUCGAAGAGGUAGAGGAGGUACCUGUUGAGGUUCCAAUGGAAGUUGAAGUCGCCGUUGAGGAAGAGGUUGCAGCUCCGGAGCCCCCCCCUGAGGAAAAAUCACCAGAACCCGAAGAGGAGGAAGAAGAAGAGGACUGGGAUGCGAAGAGUUUUGAAGAUGUUGCCCUUCCAGCAAUCAAGAGCGCGUUUGCCGAAGACGAGGAGCUGGAUAAGAGAGAGUCGCUGGUAGUAGCCCCUGUUCCUGGCAAAAGCACUAAGCGUGUUGUUGCUCAAGCACCUGCUCCACCUGCCAAGAGAGCCGCAUCACCUGAGAAGCGUCCAACGCCUGCACCUAAACGUGGUCAACAACCCCACAAAGGUCCUCACAAAGCGGCUCCUCCACCUGCAGAAAGUGAGGAGGAGGAAACAGAAAGCGAAGAGGAAGAGGAAAGCGAGGAAGAGGAUGAUGCAGAUACCAAGAAGAAGCGUUUGGCUAAGGAUAAGAGGGAAGCAAGGAAAGCUGAAGCUCUUUCGAAGAGAAGCGCUGACGAUUUGCGAUCACCAAUUUGCUGUAUCCUUGGGCACGUCGAUACUGGUAAAACGAAAUUGCUUGAUUGCAUUAGGAGGACGAAUGUACAGGAGGGCGAGGCAGGUGGUAUUACUCAGCAGAUAGGAGCGACGUACUUUCCUAUGGCAAAUAUCAGGGAAAGGACGAAAGAGCUCAAGGCUGUGGCAGAAAUGAGGGUGCCAGGUUUGCUUGUUAUCGAUACUCCAGGACACGAAUCUUUUACCAACUUGAGAGCCAGAGGUUCAAGUCUUUGUGACAUCGCAAUUCUAGUCAUCGAUAUAAUGCACGGACUGGAACCACAAACUAUUGAAUCCUUGAAGCUGCUGCAAAUGAGAAAAACUCCGUUUAUUGUGGCUCUGAACAAGGUGGAUCGGCUGUAUGACUGGAAGUCGACUACAAAUGCCCCCAUACGAAACUCGAUGAAGAACCAGAGUAAGCAUGUUAUUCAGGAGUUCGAAACCCGUACCAAUCAGAUUAUUACUCAGUUGAAGGAGCAGGGUAUGAACUCUGAGCUGUACUACAAGAACAAGGAGAUUCGGAAGGUUGUUAGCAUCGUUCCCACAAGUGCUAUCAGUGGGGAGGGUGUUCCAGAUCUUCUCAUGUUACUGGUUCAGCUUACACAGAAGAUGAUGGAAGAGAAGCUGAUGUAUGUCGCAGAAGUGCAGUGUACCGUAUUGGAGGUCAAAGUUAUUGAAGGCCUUGGGACAACAAUUGACGUCGUCCUGGUUAAUGGUGUUCUGCACGAAGGGGACCAAAUUGUUGUUUGCGGAAUGCAGGGCCCUAUUGUGACAAGCAUAAGAGCUCUCUUGACGCCACAUCCGAUGAAGGAACUCCGCGUGAAGGGAUCUUACGAGAAGCAUAAAGAGCUCAAGGCAGCUCAAGGAAUAAAGAUUACAGGCCAGGGUCUUGAGCACGCAAUUGCCGGAACUCAAUUGUAUGUGGUUGGCCCGGAGGAUGAGCUGGAGGAUAUCAAGGAAGAAGCAAUGCAAGAUAUGAAGAAUGUGAUGAGUCGCGUCGACAAGACUGGUGAAGGUGUCUGCGUCCAAGCGUCAACACUUGGAUCCUUGGAGGCUCUACUUGAGUUUCUGAAGAGUCCAGCUGUGAAGAUUCCAGUUAGUGGAAUCAACAUAGGCCCUGUACACAAGAGAGACGUGAUGCGAGCUAGCGUAAUGCUGGAGAGAAAGAGGAAGGAGUAUGCUACUAUUCUAGCAUUUGACGUGAAAGUCACUCAAGAAGCCAAGGAAUUAGCAGAUGAAGUUGGUGUCAAGAUCUUCACAGCCGAUAUCAUAUACCAUCUUUUUGAUCAGUUCACCAACUACAUCAACACCGUGAAGGAGGAGAAGCGAAAGGAAACUGCAGAAGAGGCUGUUUUCCCAUGUGUACUAAAGCUUAUGCCGGGUUGUAUUUUCAAUAAGAAAGAUCCUAUUAUUGUUGGUGUCGACGUCGUCGAGGGAAUCGCUAAGGUGGGGACACCUCUCUGUAUUCCCUCGAGGGAGUUCAUCGAAAUUGGAAGAAUCGCAUCCAUGGAGGUCAAUCACAAGGUUGUUGACACUGCUAAAAAGGGAAAUACAGUAGCAAUGAAGAUCGUUGGUACCAAUGCUGAAGAAACGCAGAAGAUGUAUGGAAGGCAUUUUGACAUGGAAGACGAAUUUGUGAGCAGCAUCACAAGGAAGUCCAUUGAUCUUCUGAAAGAGAACUACAGGGAUGACUUGACAAUGGAAGACUGGAGGUUGCUAGUAAAAUUGAAGAAGCUAUUCGAAAUUCCAUAAGGGGUUGAAAUGACCGUGGUGUGGGAACUCAAAUUGAACUGCUACUCUCUGUGUAGAAUUUUUCAAUGUGGAGCAUAACUAUGCAACGUCGUGCAUCAGUAAAACUAUCUUGAUGACCAACAUACCUAGAGCUGAAAAGACUCAGGCGUAAAGUUUACUGCGGUGAUCUGGAUCAGGGUGAAGAGCUUACCGGACAAAGUUUGCGAAGGAUGUGGCGGACUAGCUGGUAUAGUUCUUUUGGUGCCUGUUUUUUGCGACUCUGUGAGGGCAAAGGCCUCUCUUACUCCGGAGCUAAUUUGGGUUGAUUCUUAUGAAUCAUUCGCUGUCGGCGUGUUUUGCUCUCACUUUUUUGUAGGGUUUUUGUUUAGGAAAGUGAACUUGAGUCCUUGUAAUUUGGUUCUGGAAACGUAGUUGGAGAUAGACAGUUUUACCUUUUUAAGACUUUUCAUCGUGCUACACAAAAGCGAGGCAAUGUCCUUGUGUAACAUAUGAGAACAGUGAUGAUGUGCCGAUUCCUACUCUUGUACUAUAAGUAACACGUUCUGUCGCCCCACAAGCAUCUAAUCCGAGUUGGCGCAUACCUUUGGUGCUGUGGAUCAAUGAGGAAUGUGUCUUCCCAUUCGCCUCAAAUAAGGAGUUGAUAGUAUAGGUUAAAUCAUACGUGUCCACCCCACCUCCACGAUAGCUCGGCUGAAAUUGCUGAAAUCCUUAGGUCAGAAUACUUCUUUUGCGUGGAACACAUUGCUAACGAAUGUUGGGAGGCAGUGCUCCACAGUGUGGCUUACCCUUAAACACGUCAAUACAUAAUUCUUGAAAUAGAUUAUUGUU